AUGACAGAAGACUUGAAGGGCCUGGAUGGUAGAAGACGUCUGUUCACAGAGAUUUUCGGCGUGGACAGGCCCAUUUCAAGAUUGGAAGUGCAGGGGUCAAGCGAUCACGUGCCGGACCGCAUUGAACAAAUCCAGUCACUGCAUGAUGCGAUACUCACGGACAUAGAAGAGGAUGUGCUCCCGCCUGAGGCAGAGCACUACAUCUUAUCCCAAAAUACUGAGGUGCGUAGUGUAUCAGACACGCAGAGCUUGUCGAGUAACGAAGACCGCCUGUCGGCUGAUAGCCCGCGCAAGAUCAUCCCAAAUUCUUCGCCGAAGCGCAAGACUGGGCAGGGCAGUGCACGCCCUUUGCCUCCACCAAUAAGCACGAGCUUCAGCUGUGCUGCCAACUCUACGCACGUACCAUCGCCGCAGAGAUCCCAAAGCGACCUUCCACGCUUGAAAUCGUCGUUCAGUCAGCUUUCGAUGAGCGGGCAUCUCAAAAAGCAGCAGACAAACCUUAGCUCGACGCCAACCACUUUGAAAAAGUCGCCCUUGCAAGGGUUCGGCUUCUUUUCCAGACCAGGGUCAAAGGAUAAUUUUGAUAACACACAACACCCUGCAAACAACGGACAGCAGGCUAAUAGCAUGAAUUCUCGGUCACUUUCACUGAACUCAUCGUCUUUGAAGAAUUUCGCGUCUUCUUUUCAACAGAAGGCGUCUAGUGGCAGAACAACUUCUCAGAAGCUCCCAGGCUCUUCGAGCUCGAUCUACGAAGGCAGUCACUACCAGGUUAACCCCCAAAACAAUACGGGUUUAGGAAUCAGAAGCAGAGAAUCAUCGGCCUCUUUGAAUAGCUCACAAACAAACAUAAAUCCAAGAAAGCUUGGAUCAACUCCCUCUUUGCAUUAUCAUCGGAGAAGUAGCGCUUCUUUGCACUCUAAACCAAUACUAAGCGCUACUUCGAUGAAGCGACCACAAGUGUAUCCUGCAAUGCUAUCCAGAGUUGCGACUAGGUUCAGAAAAUCAGUUCAGGUUGGUGAAUACAAGAAAGAUGGGCUCAUUUACCGAGACGCGUUUACCGGGCAACAGGCUGUCGACGUAAUCUGCUCCAUCAUAAGAACUUCUGAUCGAAAUCUGGCGCUGCUUCUAGGAAGAGCUCUGGAUGCCCAAAAGCUAUUCCAUGAUGUGGUUUAUGAACACAGACUGCGGGAUUCUCCCAACGAGGUCUACGAAUUUACUGGGAAUUCCCGUAUAAUUGGAGCUGGUGCAACUGGAAUGGUCCCGGCAUCAUCUCAAGACCCACUACUAAUGGGAUCCCAUCACAACCUAAUGUCAACCCAUCCCUCGAAAUCAACGUUAAACACAUCAGCAUCAACUAAUUCAGUCACUAGUGAAGGGUUUGGAAAGCAAGUGGACCCCGCGAAAAUGCAUCAAGUCAACGGUGUUUUCACCUUGCUAGCAGAAUGCUACGUUCCGACGUGCUCACGAAACAAGCUUUGUUACUCUAUAUCUUGCCCUCGUCGCCUUGAGCAGCAGGCAAGAUUGAAUCUGAAACCAAAUGGCGGCUUGAAGCGUAACAUAUCUAUGGCCGUUGAUGAUGAAGAGGAGGAGAAGCCAUCAUGGACAAGUUCUGUGCCCGAGGAAGUUUGGUCAUCGCUGCCCAAAAAAGAGAUCAAGCGCCAAGAGGCAAUCUACGAAGUUUACAUUACAGAGAAGAACUUUGUGAAGUCUCUUGAAAUCAUUAGAGACACAUUUAUGAAAUCCUUGGCGGAAACAAACAUUAUCGCUUCUGAUAUCCGAAAGAACUUCCUGAAGCAUGUUUUUGCCCACGUUAACGAUAUUUAUUCGGUGAAUCGACGCUUCUUGGAUGCUUUAAGCGAUAGACAAAAAUCUUCACCGAUCGUGGAUGGGAUCGGUGACAUUUUUUUGAGGUUCAUACCAUUUUUUGAGCCCUUUGUGAUGUAUGUUGCCUCUCGCCCGUACGCAAAGUACCUUAUAGAAACUCAGAGAUCUGUGAACCCUUACUUUGCAAGAUUUGAUGAGGAUCUCAUGAAUUCCUCUUUGAGACACGGUAUAGAUUCGUUUCUAUCCCAGGGUGUCUCUAGACCUGGCCGGUAUAUCCUUCUGGUCCGUGAAAUCAUCAAGUCCUCAGACUCAGAGAAGCACAAACGGGAUUUAGAAAAUAUGAACAAGGCCCUUGAAGCCCUUCGCGAAUUUAUGACCCGAAUUGACAGAGCCAGUGGAGCUUCUCAGGAUCGGCACGACAUUGAGCUUUUGAAACAGAAAAUCCUUUUCAAGAACGAGUACGUGAACCUGGGGCUCAAUGAUGGCAAGCGCAAAAUCAAGCAUGAGGGCGUCUUGUCACGGAAAGAGCUCACAAAAUCCGAUAACUCUUUUGGUGGUGAUAUCCAGUUUUACCUACUGGACAACAUGCUUCUGUUUUUAAAGGCAAAAGCAGUCAAUAAAUGGCAGCAGCACAAGGUUUUUCAACGGCCUAUUCCGCUCCCGCUUCUCUUCGCUUGUGCAGCAGAAGACAUGCCACCAAUAAGAAAGUAUAUUAACUCGUCACCAGAAUGCUCUAGUGGAAUCAUUUCAACCGAACACCACUACAGUAAUCCAAAAAACGCCAUAACGUUUUCUUACUUUGGUGCUAAACACAGGUAUCAAGUGACGCUGUACGCAGCGCAGUAUGCGGCUUUGCAAACCUUGCUGGAAAAGAUCAAGCAGGAGCAAGCUGCAUUGUUGGCGGCAAAUGACAUAUUCAACAUGACAAAGAUCAACAGCAGGUUUUUCGACUUCAAUAAUAAAAUUAAUAGCGUUGCCUCAUGCGACGGAGGCCGGAAGUUACUCAUUGCUACAAAUCAGGGAUUGUAUGUCAGUGACACCAAACAUGAAGCUGCCUCCGAGGGGCGUAAGCCUACCACAUACUUUGCGGCACCUGUGAAGAUCCUGCAUAAGACAAACAUUACACAGGUAGCCGUAUUGGAGGAGUUCCAGUCUGUUCUAUUGCUAGUGGACAAAAAGCUUUACAGCUGCCCUGUGGCUCUCUUUAAAGAGCCAAAAGAUGGCACGCAGUACUUCAAGAAGCAUGCCAAGGAGUUGGUGAACCAUGUCAACUUCUUCUCGGAAGGCGACUGCGAUGGCAAACGGCUCGUGGUGACGGCACACAGCUCAUCUCACUCGAUCAAGUAUUUCGAGCACGACCACCCAAUGCUGAUGGAGGGCAAGAAGAACAUGAAGAGAAAGAUUACGGAGAUCGUCUUCGAGUCGGAGCCUGUGUCCAUCUCGUUUCUCAGAACUAACUUAUGCAUUGGAUGCAAAAAGGGAUUCCAGAUCGUGUCUGUGUCGCAAAACGUGCACGAGCCGCUGCUGGACCCCGCGGACACAUCGCUGGAGUUUGCGCUGAAGGACGUCCUAAGGCCGCUCUCGAUCUACAGAGUCGGGGCAUCCAUGUUCCUACUGUGCUACUCCGAGUUUGCAUUUUUCGUGAACAGCCAAGGCUGGCGCAAGAAAGAGUCGUAUGUGAUCCACUGGGAAGGCGAGCCUCAAAAGUUUACCAUCUGGUACCCCUACAUAUUGGCAUUCGACCCCAGCUUCAUUGAGAUCCGCAAGAUCGACACGGGAGAGCUGGUGCGCUGCGUACUGGGAGAGAAGAUCCGGCUCCUGCAGGCCUCGUCGCAGCAGAUCCUGUACGCGUACGAAGACGAGUACGGCUACGACACUGUGAUGUCGCUCGACUUCUGGGGCAAGUGA